CGUGAUGGAGGAACAGUAACCCGGAUGUAUAGCCGUUGGGGCGGGCGUUGCGGGGCAUGGAGUGGAAGCAGGCGUUGCGGGGCCGGCUGGCCGCCUGCACCGGCCCUAAAAAAAGUGAACAAGAGCUAAAGGAUGAAGAAAUGGAGUUGUUUACAAAAUACUACAUGGAAUGGAAAGGAGGAAGAAAAAGCGUUAAUACAUCCUACGUGAAUAUACCACGGUUUUAUUACAGGCUACCAGCUGAAGAUGAAGUCUUACUGCAGAAAUUAAGAGAAGAAUCUAGAGCAGUCUUUCUACAGAGAAAAAGUAGAGAGCUGUUAGAUAAUGAAGAGCUGCAGAAUUUGUGGUUUCUGCUGGACAAACAUCAGACACCACCUAUGAUUGGGGAGGAAGCAAUGAUCAAUUAUGAGAGCUUCUUGAAAGUUGGUGAGAAAGCUGGACCCAAGUGCAAGCAGUUCUUUACAGCGAAAGUUUUUGCUAAAUUACUCCACAAUGAUCCCUAUGGAAGGAUAUCUAUCAUGCAGUUCUUCAAUUAUGUGAUGAGAAAAGUAUGGCUUCACCAGACAAGAAUAGGCCUCAGUUUAUAUGAUGUGGCAGGACAGGGUUACCUCAGAGAAUCGGAUUUAGAAAAUUAUAUUUUGGAACUUAUCCCUACGUUGCCACAGUUGGAUGGUUUAGAAAAAUCAUUUUACUCGUUCUAUGUCUGCACUGCGGUUAGAAAGUUCUUCUUCUUUUUAGACCCUCUCAGAACGGGCAAGAUAAAGAUACAAGAUAUUUUAGCUUGCAGCUUUCUGGAUGACUUAUUGGAGUUAAGGGAUGAAGAACUUUCUAAAGAAAGUCAAGAAACAAAUUGGUUUUCUGCUCCGUCCGCAUUGAGGGUUUAUGGCCAGUAUUUAAAUCUUGACAAAGAUCACAAUGGUAUGCUCAGCAAAGAGGAACUGUCCCGCUAUGGAACAGGGACUCUAACCAACAUAUUUUUAGAUCGUGUCUUCCAGGAAUGUCUGACUUAUGAUGGAGAAAUGGACUAUAAGACCUACCUGGACUUUGUGCUUGCAUUAGAAAACAGAAAGGAACCUGCAGCUCUACAAUAUAUUUUCAAACUGCUUGAUAUAGAGAACAAAGGAUACCUGAAUGUUUUUUCCCUGAAUUAUUUCUUUAGGGCUAUUCAGGAACAAAUGAAAAUCCAUGGACAAGAACCAGUUUCUUUUCAAGAUGUCAAGGAUGAAAUCUUUGAUAUGGUGAAGCCCAAGGAUCCGUACAAGAUCUCCCUUCAAGACUUAAUCAACAGUAGUCAAGGAGACACUGUUACCAGCAUUCUAAUUGAUCUGAAUGGCUUCUGGACCUAUGAGAACAGAGAGGUUCUUGUAGCAAGUGAUAAUGACACUACUACAGAUAUUGACGAUACAUAACAGGAAUACACAGUACUCAUGGAGAUGUGCCUAAAUGUGCACAAACUCUGAAGCUGCAGGCCUAUUCAUUAUCCAAAUAAGACACUUACAUCUUCCCCCAGAUGGGUGGUAUUAAAACUUUGUAUAGGGGUUGUCAAAUUGAUAAAUGGCGAAGCCAAAAUAGCAACAGUGGUUUGAUUUUAGUAAGCUGAAGAGAUUGUUUGGAAUCUUUCUUCAACCUACAGUAGCAAGUAACAUUUCUCUUUCAACAUUUUGUUCUAGGAUGUAUAUUAAAACCUGCAGAAUAUUAAGGAUGGGAUUUCCAAAAAUGCCCAGUGUUAGCCUGUUUCUGCUACUGCUGAAGUCAGUAGGAAUCUUGGGAUUGGUCUAACUCUGCUGUAUUUGAUGUCAGAGUUUUUAAAUCGGUCACAUGUAGUGUUCACUAGCAACUAUGUAUGCAAUGUGUAUUGUUUCCUCUCCCCACGUUAUUCAACUAUAGAUGAAGGUUUUGUAUAAAUAAAAAAAUUGAAUUUUUAUUUUA